GUGUUUUAGUUUUAAUGUGCUUUUAUCGCUUGCAUGGCGGUGAGUAUCGAUAUAUUUACUGCUUGUAAAAUUAUAAUAAUAGUUUUAUACAACAUUUCCUUAUUAAUUUUUUUAAACAACUCUUUGUGUCUGUUGACUGUAAUAAUAAAACAUCCCUUUACAUAAAAUAUAAUUGCCGGACAUAAUAGAACACAAAACGUUGACAUCCCAAUUUUAGUUCGUCAUUUGGAACAUUUGUUUACGCAGGAACUUUAAGUUUGUCUGACAAGUAUUACUGAUCUCCACACACCAUAUUGUGACUGAAAAUAAAUAAAAAGGAAAGCAAAUAGACGAGUACGACGAUUACUUUCGGGGACAUUAUAUGUGUUAUCUCUUUAUUUUAAUGUACAUUACAGCUUUUAGUCAGCAUUUCAAUUCCUGGCUCAAGAUUUCUGCGAUUCUGCUUUUUUUUAUGGAUCUGUCACACAGUGCAGGCAGUUCUGUGUGUGUGCGUUUUAAAAUUAUUAUUUCCUUGUGUAGUGAAAAACUCCUACAUACGCGAUUAUCAUAUUUCGUCUUUCCGUAGUGUGUUUUCUGUCUGCACCAUUCUUCCGGUUUCAAGACUUUUGUAAAUGGUAAAGCUCCAUGAACACUCCUGGUAUUAGAACACAAACUUUGUUAGCCAACAAAUUAAAUUAGCUUAAGAUAGCCGCCGCAGUAAGUAGUUAUACACUAACAACUACAGCAAGCGAGUCGAUUACACAGCCAAUGUCCCCAAGACUGCGACGAAGACGUGGUGCAGUGGCUUUGCUGGUCAUCGCCACAGCCACCCCAGUCCUUCUGCUGCUGACCCGCAUGAACAGUCCGCCGAGCGAAAAAGCUCCGAGGACUCUUCAGCAAACCGACUACGAUCUGGAAAAAGAGUCUGAAAGAGCAUCCACAGUCCACGUGAUGCUAGACCAGCCAACCAGCAUGGAGGUCUUCCGACAGCGCAAGGCAAGACUCCAGCAGGCAUGCGCCAUCAAUCCUCCUACCUCCACACUGAUGCCCCCCUUCCAGUACGGCGUCAUGACGGCUGGCAGGAUGGCCUACUGUCCAAUGCCCAAGUCUGGCAGCACAGUCUGGAAGCGAAUCCUCUACUACAUCGACCAGAAGCUGAACGUUUCCUUUCUAGAUGUGGAUUAUGGCGACAUUCACGCGAAAACCAUGUACAUGUUUGACAUGACUUACAAACACCCCCCGUCAGACGGUGACGUCAAGAGCGUAGUGUUUGUCCGAGAACCCUACUCCAGACUGUUCGCCGGCUACCUGGACAAGCUCUUCACGCCACGACAUGCCAACUGGAUCCGAUACGCGCAGCCGGUGCUACGUUACACACGGAAGUACGCCACGGCGCACGAGCUAGCCUGCGCACACGAUGUGCAGUUCGAGGAGUUUGUGGAGUACUACGUGGCGCUGGAGACUGGCGACCUACGCGAGCCCCGCGACGAACACUUCGCGCCGCUGACGCAACUGUGCGGCUUCUGCCGCCGCGACUACGAUUUUGUCGGCCACCAGGAGACGUUCGCGUCUGACACGCUGGGUAUCUUGGAGCAGUUGAACGCCUCCGGCCUCCUGACCCCAGAGGACUUCGCCCACGAAUUCGCCCGCUACGAGAUGGAGGCACUGGUCCGCUACACCUUCGCGAAUGAACUGGAGGACGAGGCUAAGGUCGGUGCCUGCAUGUCCCGCCAUGAAGCUCUGCGGCGCCUGUGGAAGGUGCUGCAAGUGCGAGGAUGCCUCAGCUCCCUGGAGUUCUUUCCCUUCACAGAGGAAGACUGCCAGGAGGUGACGGUGGAUGUCUUCAUGGAGCUGGCCAUGGAAGCCUUUCAACGAUCCCUCAGCGACCAAAACCGGACGUCGAACUACCAGGCGGCCAUGAUGGAAGCUUAUAGUACUGUAUCGUUUUACCUGCGGAACGCCCUGCGAGGUGUCUUGUGGAAAGAUUUUAUGUAUUUCGGUACGACGCCAGCAACUCCAACGUUUUUCCUCCCGAAGACAACUUUCUUCUACCGGACUAUCGGUAUUUUGACAUCUUUGAUUCAUUUUUGUUUGACACUGUUGACGAGUUUAACGUUAAUGUCUGAUGUUCUGUUCUGGGAGCUGGUUGGAGACUGUGAUCUCUUACACUCAUAAAGAUGUUGUCCAAUUUUUUUUUAC